UAACGUCGGUGUUUUACCCCAUUGCCCUCCAGCCCCCUUGUCCAACGCACCAUGGCAGAAAUAGAUAACUUCGAUGCUGCUGAUUCCGGCGCCUCCAACACCUUCCCCAUCCAGUGCUCUGCUCUGCGCAAGAACGGCUACGUGGUCAUGAAGGGACAUCCCUGUAAGAUCGUGGAGAUGUCGACCUCCAAGACUGGCAAGCACGGACAUGCCAAGGUCAACCUGACCGGCAUCGACAUCUUCUCCAACAAGAAGUACGAGGACAUGUGCCCCUCCACCCACAACGUUGACGUUCCCCACAUCAAGAGGACAGAGUGGCAGUUGCUGAACAUCACCGACGGCUUCAUGUCCCUGAUGUUCGAGAACGGAGACCUGCGGGAGGACCUGCGUCUGCCAGAGGGUGACCUGGGCAAGGAGAUCCAGGCCAAGUUUGAAAACAGUGAUGAUUUCUUGGUCACUGUUCUCAGCGCCAUGGGUGAGGAGUGUGCCGUCUCCGUUAAAGCCCUGUCCAGUAAAUAAGAAGUCACGACGUCUUUGCUGUCCUGGUCGACAAGUCCCACCCACAUCUAGUCUCCUGCAUUCUCAUAGGUCAUUAGGUCAUCAAAGUACCCACCUUCGGACAGUCUCUCAACCUCACUCGUCCGUUAUAAUUGCUCAUUUCUUUAAGGGUUUCUUUUUUUUUCUCCCCAUGUAUUACUGCAGCCGUCCCGGGCGGACCCAGCUGACCGCCCGGGUUUUGUUUAAUACGUACUCCUUCAUAAAGUGUCUUGGAAAACCAUUUUCAUCGGUCGCUCCUCGCUGUUUGUCGUGACCUUCUGAAACUUCGGUCUCACCCCUCGCGUCCCCGGGCGUCUCGGUGACGACAAGAACCGGCUUUUAGUUUUUAUAUAUAUAUACUAUACAUGUUUUAUAUAUAUAUUCAAAUGUAGCGGGUGGUGUCUUGCCUUUUCGUUGGGGUUGGAGGGGGGGCGCGACGGCUCGCCUGCUUAUGAAGAGACGACACUGGUGAGGAGAAGAGCCCGAGUACAUGACUGAAACCUGAGUUCCAGCCUGCCACCCCUCUGCUUCGCAGCAUGGCCCAACACCCUCUCUCCCGAGGGUUCUGCUCUCGACGAAGAACCACCUAACACCGGGACGGCCAACCACUGGCACUAAACCGGCCCUCCAGGGUCAUCCAAGCUUUCCAAAGCGCUGAAAAAAAAAAACAAACAAAACAAAACGUACUUCCUGACAAAACAGAAACAAGCUUCAGUGAUUUUUAUUUUUUUUUAAUUCUGUCAGACCUCCCCACUCUGGUCGGUCAGUGUUUUUGCAGGGGCCUGUGAACUUACCUCUUGGCUACCGGGUGUUGACCUCGGCCUGUCCUUGUCACCCCCCCCCCCCCCCUCGGCCCAACACACUACGGGUCUUCGGUGCGAAUGUUCCUCUGGGAUGGUGUGGGGAGGGGGGUCUGAGUGCAUGAGGGUCACUAUCAGGGAGUCGGGACAGUGGGGAGGGAUGAAGGGAGGGGGGGGGUGGUGUGUGUGUUGAGUUGCAAACUUAUUUUGUUCACUCGAGGCCUUUGUCAGCUCACAGGAAAUGGCAAACAAUUAAAUGGAUGAAGAAAAAUAAA